UCGCCCGAGGAUUCUAGAGCAAUGGGGAAAUCGCGGGUCGUGAUCCUUAAGGUGGGGAGGCCUCUCGGUGUGCCCUACAAAUCGUGAACACAAUGAAUGCAGCAUGUGUGCGAGGUCGAGAUCAAAGUCACGUUGUCACAUUGUCACGCAUCGAUUUUCACUUGCGGCUUUCGAUAGAGGGAAGACAGAGCGGGCCAUACUCAGGCCCGUCUUUGCUCAAACAGAGGACUCUAAAUAUCGAGGAAUGCGACGCGGAUCAGCUCAGUGCGGAACGGAUGAAUGGGAAGUCGAUGAUGACUGUCAAGGGAAGCAUCGCAGCUGAGCUUCGUGAUGGAGGGCGGGCUGCCAUCCCAAGUCAACAUCUGUCCAUCCAGCUAUAAAACCCAGCGAUCGACAUCUCACCACCGCCCAUGAUGAUGCCCAUCAUGCCACCCGCAUGCGUCCGGGGCCUCCUCCUCCCCACCCUCCUUGUGCUGUCCCUUUCCGCGUCCGUGUCCGGCAACCCAGUCACCCUCUACGACGUCUCGUUCUCCGGCAUCCCGGCCGUUACCGAAGUCAGUGAUGCCGCCUUCACCAUUCUCUCACUCUCCGUCGGGGGCGUGGUCACGGACGCAUCCGCAGUGCAGGGGACGACGUACGUUGAAGUCGACGGCCCACCGACGCCGACGUCCGUGACCGUCGACGGCACAGUCUUCGGGCUGGGCACCAAGACGCGUAUCUUCAUCGAGGGACCCACCGGGAUCGUCGAGCCCGACAACCUCGGGCCGGGCUUCUCCGCGGAGAACAGCUGCAGCUGGGCGACGGCGGCAUCCGGGGCGCCCGUCGUGUGCCAGGGCGUGGUCUGGGAAACGGGUGUCGAAUCGACGGUGACGGUGCUUGCGGGCGCACUCGUCCCCGCCGUCACGCUGUCGGACAGUAGCGCCAGCACUGCGAGCACGACGAGUGCCGUCGGUGCGGCACCGACCAAUACGGCAAAAACGGGAGCUGCUGCGCGACUGCAUGUUGGAGGACGUGGCAUGGGAGCGAGCUGGGGCAUGGCGUUGCUUGGGCUGCUUGCUGCUUCGGGGAUGUUCAUCGCUUAGGGAUUGCUCAUGUCUGUUCUUGAAUCCCAGCCUAUCUCCUUUGUCUAGGAUUUCAGUCCGCCGAUCUGUUGCGAAGCACCGCUGUGCCUAUGGCCUCCGGUAUGUGCUUUUCAUAGACUCUGGCAUCGAGCCAGAGUCGCUUCCUGUUCUCACUCGACGCCGUGCCAUGGUGGGAGUCAGGACAAGCUCGUAGAUGGACGCUAACAUGUGCAAUGUCUCGUAUUGGCGCUCGUGAGCGGCUGCACUCAUCGACCACCUCUCCAGAACAAUUUCCAAGAAGCGGGCGAAACGACGUAAGACAAGGAACGGGACCGAGCUCAGCAAAGAUAAGAGAGCGAAAAUCUCGGCACAGCCACUGUGCUUCGCGAGAGAAUACAGAAACAUGAUCGGCGUGGAUAAUUGUAUACUGGAUCUGCGAGAGUCAGCUUGGAUCAUUUUCAGGCUCAUGCAGGCAUCGGCGAAGAAGAAAGCGGCUGGUACAGCAUACGAGGGCCUCAGACUCGAACAAUCGACGGCUCGCCUUGCUAGUCAUGGAACGGGGUACUACAUCCUCUCCGCCGAAUGCGCCUCGCCCAAGGCCAAGUGCUGUGCCUAAUGGAGAACAUCGAGACGAAGGCUCCAUGUCUUGGUCACCCGGCGAUACGUCUCCACCACCUCCGCUGGAGUUCCUCCGUCCGACUCCCUCCACUCCAUCGGGGAGCACCACCAGCUUGGCACAAGCCACCACCACCACUCACGCCCACCCCGGCGCCGCUUCUUAUCGCCACCACGUACAGCCAACCUGCCACCUAUGAUCCAGCCGCUGGGCACCGGUACCGGCCCAAGCGGCCGCCGCGCUCCUGCAGGAGGCUUCCAUUCGCCAUCCAAGAGCACGGAGUCGACACCCCGGAUCGCCGGACACGCGCAAUCCGAGUUAUGGCAAGUGGGCUAGCCGUUUCCAGAGCUAGAUGGGGUUGUGUACCCAGUGCAAAUAGAGGACCGCCAGAUGGGGGACCGCCAGAUGACGGAGGGUGCAGGAGAGGGGAAUCGUGACGUGAUUGGAGGUGAUCUACAGGACGGAGGAUUGAGGUGAGACGAAGCAGCAGAGGAGAGCGGAUGGAGAAAGGAAGGUCAAGAAAUUGCAGUUAGUGACCACCACUCGAGCUUGGAUUAAAAUUAGACUAGAUAGGCUCGCAUAGGCUAUCUUGUCAACUAGGUCUAGAGGCCAGGAAAGGCGAGAGCUGCGUCCGAAUUGGUCCCAAGCUCAUCUGUCGUUGUCCAUGGACAGGGACCAGGCAGAUGAGCAGGGACUAGACAGCCCUCGUGGAGCAGAGCACAGACACUAUCCGGGCCCCGUAGUGUAGCAGGGCACAGCCACAGCAGAGUCUA